CGGCGUGGUGACGCCGGGAAGAUGGCGGCAGUCUGACGCGUUGUGAAGGAAUGGCGCUGCUGCUGUUGUUUUACGGCUUCUUAUGGCGACUGCUGCUGCUCCUGGUCUACGUCCACAAGGCGCUGCUGUCCUGGCUCCGGGUGCGGCUGUGGGACCGCUGCCGAUGGCCGAGCGGCGGCGACAGGAGGCCGCAUAAGGUUCCGGUGCACAUCGGCCUGCUGGUGGCGGAGGAGCCGAGCCUCGAGGCCGUGGCCGACCUGGUGGUCUGGUGCUCGUCUCUCGGUGUGUCCUACAUCAGCGUCUACGACCAGGAUGGUAAUUUUCAGAAGAAUAAUGCCCAUUUGUUGGACGCAAUAAUGCAGCAGCAGCAGCAGCAGGACUUGUUGGGUGCAGAUGGAUCAAAAUACAACAUUGAGUUCCUCAGCAGUGACAAACAUGGAGUUUUGUUGUGCAGACCCAGGGUGAUGGUGCUGUCUCCAGAGGAUGGGAAGCAGAGCAUCGUCCAUGCGGCACAGCAGCUCUGUCGGUCUGUGGAAAACAAAGAGACCAGCUACAAAGACAUCAGUGUGUCUAUGCUGGACUCACUGCUCAGAGAAAUGAAUAUUCCAGAUCCUGAGCUGGUAGUGAAGUUUGGUCCAGUUGACAGCACGCUGGGCUUCUUACCGUGGCACAUCAGACUCACAGAGUUCAUUUCCCUGCCAUCUCACAAAAAGAUCUCUUUUGACGACUUGUUAGCAGCUCUGCAGCGGUAUAGUUCCUGUCAGCAGCGGCUUGGACAGUGACACCCGGGUCCUCAGACCAGAUUCAGAGUUGUUGAGCUUCAGCGGCAGCAUCCUGGAUCUCCACCAGACAGCACCAAAACAGGAGCUAGCUCGUAUUCUGGAACUCCAAAGGUGCUGACAUCAGCAGACUGUAAUGUUUUCCACAAAAGCUGAUCGUUAUCCUCAGAGGCUGUGAAGCACGAUUCAUCAGUCUGCCUGCUGCUGUGGCUUCGGAUCCAUGACACGCGUCACGCGAAAGAACAUGGAAUGACAUGACAAGCAGCUUUCUGUUACUCUGCGUUUGUUAGUGUUCUGUGCUGCUUCAUUCUCCUGCUUCAUUUUCCAGCUUCAUCCUGCUGCUUCAUUCUCCUGCUUCACACGAUGAUCUGUGGGUUUGCUCAUAUGUCUUCUGGGAAAAGUACGUGACCCAGCUGGUGAACUGUUUGUGAUGGAGAACAAGAUAGUUUUUCCUCUGCGGAAGCUGUCUGACGUGUUGUGGCAGCAUCAGUUAACUGGCUGUAUAUGCUACAUUUUUUAAUUUGGUAUUCAUUAUCAGGUCUCAGCUAUUCAAACUUUGUGCAGUAGAUACAGUUUGGCUUCAAAACUGGGCCGUAUCUUGGCGAUAGUGUGGGAUCAUGAAGUACAACUCUUAUUACACGGUGCGUAAUCUGUACUCGUACACACUAAAGUGCAAAGUUUAGUCACAUCAUCAGUCAUGGGCGGUGUUUUGGAUGUUACAAGAAAUAAACCGAUGUCCAGUUCAUUUAAAGGAACCACAACCCCCCCCCCCUUCCCCCCCCCACACACACACACACAACUCAAAGAAGAAUACCUAGAGUUUUAAUUUUUCCAUUUUAAGUUUGAAUGAAGAGGAAUCGGACUUUAAAAAAAAAAAAAAUUAAUCAGGAUGGACGGGCGCAACGAUGACCUGGGCGUGAAGCGAUGACCUGGGGCCCCCGGAAGUUCCAGCUGAUUUUUAAAUGGAUUCCAUCAUUGUUUCUAUGUUCCAUGUGUACAGUGUCACAAAACAUUAUGUCUGAUAUUCCUGAAUCAAGUUGUUUCCAAGUUUGUUAACUCGUCUUUAUUCACUGUUGUGGCGAAUCUGUGGGUUUGAAAUAAAUCUUGAGGUGGGGUUUGUGGUGGCA